AUGCCGAUUCUAGAAGAGACCGUGACGGACAACGAGCACCAUGACAGUUCUGCAAUCGCAGAAGGCGAUGCUUCUAGCCGCCAUCCACGUGUUCCUCCAACCCCAGCUUCAGUUAAGAUCAAUGUCGAAGGCGCAUUUAUCGUCGACGACGAGAUGAGGGUCCGUAAUGGCACGGCGAGCGAGCAUGAGCACGUCCACUGGGAACACAAGGACAUCCGCCUUCCACAUCAUACUGACGUGGUGAGCCAUGUUGCCGUUGAUAUUGGCGGCUCUUUGGCGAAACUGGUAUACUUCUCUCGCGAGCCAGGCUCAACGCACGGCGGCGGCCGACUGAAUUUCGUCAACUUCGAGACAGACCGGAUUGAUCUAUGCAUUGACUUCAUUCAAGAAUUAAAAAAGACGCAAUCAAAGCUGAACGGGUCGACUCCACAGGAGCUGUGUGUCAUGGCGACAGGAGGCGGCGCAUACAAGUUCUACAACCGGAUGAAGGAGUUGCUACACGUGGAUGUCGUUCAAGAGGACGAGAUGGAGUGCCUAAUCAUUGGUCUGGACUUCUUCAUUACAGAAAUUCCCCGUGAGGUGUUCACAUACAGCGAAGAGGAGCCGAUGCAAUUUGCCGAGGCCCGUGCAGACAUCUAUCCCUACCUCUUGGUCAAUAUCGGAUCCGGGGUGUCAAUGGUCAAAGUCUCCGGACCUCGGGAGUUUCAGCGUGUGGGUGGUACGUCCUUGGGGGGAGGGACAUUCUGGGGCAUCCUGUCCCUUCUCACUGGAGCCCGCACCUUCGACGAGAUGCUCCGCCUGGCGGAGUUGGGUGACAACAGUGGCGUAGAUAUGCUUGUGGGAGAUAUCUAUGGUGGAGGAUACAGUAAAAUUGGGCUCAAAAGCACCACUAUUGCGAGCACGUUUGGGAAAGUGUUUCGAAUGAAGAGAAUGGCUGAAAGGCACGCGGAAGACGGCGAAGGAUUGUUCAACGGCGACGGUCAUGGCGAAGACCAUGACAUGUUGCGAGGAUUCAAGAUUGAAGACAUGGCCAGAAGCCUCCUGUACGCGAUAUCGAACAACAUUGGCCAGAUUGCUUACCUACAAUCGGAGAAGCACAAUCUUCAACACAUUUAUUUUGGAGGCUCUUUCAUUCGAGGCCAUACCCAGACGAUGAAUACCCUUUCUUACGCCAUCAAGUUCUGGUCCAAAGGCGGGAAGCAGGCCUACUUCCUCCGGCACGAAGGAUAUCUUGGUGCAGUUGGAGCAUUUCUCAAACGACAACCGAAGAACUGGGGCAGACGAAACAGUUUCGAGGAUAUCCGACUUGGCAAAGUGCUGUCGAGGGAAUAG